UUUCUUCAACAGUAUCAACAUUAUAAAUCCACUUUGGAAGUUUUUUGUUUAAUACCAAAUAAGUUUAAUAAAAAUCUUGAUGAAUCAGUCAUUUUUCUAGCACAGGUAUAAUUAACAAAAUAUAUGAAAAUAUAUUUUUAGUAACAUUGUAUUAUUUAUUAUUAAGAAAUUUUUAAAAAUAAUUAUGGAAAAAUAUUUGGAAUAUGUAGAUGGAAAAAUCAUAUGUCGCAAGAAAGUAAUAAUGCAAUUAUAUUCAUUAAUUGGUUAUUCUGAUGAACCAAUGCCUUAUAGUAUAUUUAUUUAUGGUCAUGUAGCUACUGGAAAAUCUUUAAUAGUGCAAGAUAUGCUUUCUUAUUUAAAAUAUAAUGUGGCUAUUAUUAAUUGUAUAGAACAUGUGAACAAUAGAUACAUAUUUGACUAUAUUUUAAGUGAUUUAUCAUUGAAUUUUAAUAAUUCAUCAACUAAUAAACAAACAUAUCAUAAAUGUGAUAAUUUUUUGGAUUUUAUAAUAAAUCUCAAAGAGAUUUUUAUAAAAGAUACUCGUCCAAUUAUAAUAGUACUUGAUAAAUGUGAUAAAUUACGAGAUAAUGAUAUCAAUUUAUUAUCUGCAUUUUCAAAACUCAAAGAAUUAUCAAAUAUCAAUGUUUGUGUAAUAUUUAUAAGUGAUAUAGUGUGGGAAAAAUUUUGUGUCAAAAUAAGUAUUUAUGAACCUAUUAAAAUUUAUUUUUCACAAUAUACACGAAACGAAUUUAUCGAAAUUUUAUUUUCAAAUAAAUCAUAUGAUCAUGAUAGUAUAUUUUAUAAAAAUUAUUUAAAACUAUUUCUCUCUGUAUAUUUUCUAUUCUGUCGAGAUAUUAAUGAACUGCGUUACAUGGCCAAAAUAAAUUUUUCUAAAUAUGUAAAACCUAUUGAAAUUGAUCAGACUAAAAGAAAUGAUACUGUUUUUUUAUGGAGAAAUAUUUCUGCUACUUUUAAAGCUAAUCUAGAGUUCAUUUAUUUACGAGUUUCUGAAAAAUUUAUAAAAUCUGAUCAAUUAUCUAAAGAUAUUGAAUCAACAAUGAGAUUAGCAUUAAGUUUUGAGUUACCAUAUUAUGCAAAAUAUAUAUUAAUUGCAUCAUAUCUUGCUUCAUAUAAUCCUGCAACACAAGAUAAAUAUCUGUUCCUGAAACAAAAAUUUAAGAAAAAAAGAAAAAUUACUAAUAAAAAAAAAAUAAUGUUAAAUACUUUUUGUGGACCUUACAAUUUUCCAAUAUCUAGGAUGAUUGCUAUUUUUUGUGCCAUUCUUAUUGAAAAAGUUGAUAUAAAUGCUAAUUUACUCUCACAGAUUCCAUCUAUGUGUCAACUUGGUUUGCUAUCAAUUGUUGGAAAUUAUAAUUUGAAUGAACCUAAACUCAAGUGUUGUGUAUCAUAUGAUUUCAUUCUUGUCAUAUCUAAAACUGUUGGAUUUAAUAUACAAAACUAUUUGUACAAUUUUAUAUGAAUUGAAAAUGUAUUGACUUAAAUUUUUU